AUGCAUCGAGCGACGACGAGCCCGACGUUUCUGUCGAUGCGCUGGAUCCAGCUGUCGAAGACCUGCUCUGCACGAGCGCUUCCAGGCUGUAGUGCACUGGACAACCACGAAGAGCCGUCGAGGACGCUGUCGUCGCCUUCGUCGUCAUCGUUAUUGUCCUCCUUUUUCCUCAUAACUGACAUCGUCGUUGCCGAGGUUUUUCACUUCCUCUGUCUGAUCCUCGUCGUCGUUGGCCUCGGCCGCAAUCCAAGGCUAUGGCCCAUGAAAAUCGCGCCCACCGACUGCGUAGAGGUUCGUCGUCGAUCGAGCUGCGUCCGUUCCAACUCGAGGGUUUCCUGCAUAAAGCCACCAGCUUGGAGUAGCAUAGGCGUCUCUGCUUCUGGAAUCACCUCCUGGGUGUUGGACACCGACGGCAAGCGGGACGUUAAGCUUACCAUAUCCCAGAUGAUGAUGACUGACAAAAACAUUGAUGCCACUGAAUUUUAA